UGUGCGGCGGGUCCGCAGAUGAGGGGAGUUCGGUGUCCCGCGUCCCUCCACCCCCACGGCGGAGCUGCUGCAGAGCCCCUGCAUCUGAGCCCUGGCCACUAAUAAAGUUCGUUUUUAAAAUUCAUAAUCAUUUUUAAUAGAGCGAAAGCGGGCGCCAGCCUGCCGUGCGACCCCGCGGGGGACCGGCGCGUUGGGAGGCGGCGGCAGCGGUUGCGCCGCGACCUGGAGGAACCAGGCGCGCCGGGCAGCGAGCGGGUCUGAGGCUUGGGGGGACGAUUUGAGAGAGAAGACCUGAUCACCUGAAAUUAGCUGGCACAGAAACCAUUUUGGCUUCCAAAAUGUUGGAGGAGGAUAUGGAAGUGGCCAUCAAGAUGGUGGUUGUAGGGAAUGGAGCGGUUGGGAAAUCAAGUAUGAUUCAGCGAUACUGCAAAGGCAUUUUCACAAAAGACUACAAAAAAACCAUUGGAGUUGAUUUUUUGGAGCGACAAAUACAAGUUAAUGAUGAAGAUGUCAGAUUAAUGUUAUGGGAUACUGCAGGUCAAGAGGAAUUUGACGCAAUAACAAAGGCCUACUAUCGAGGAGCCCAGGCUUGUGUGCUUGUAUUUUCUACCACAGACAGGGAGUCUUUUGAAGCAAUUUCCAGUUGGAGAGAGAAAGUGGUAGCAGAAGUUGGGGAUAUACCAACAGUACUUGUACAAAACAAGAUUGAUCUCUUGGAUGAUUCUUGUAUAAAGAAUGAGGAGGCUGAGGCACUGGCCAAAAGGUUAAAGUUAAGAUUCUACAGAACAUCAGUCAAAGAAGAUCUAAAUGUGAAUGAAGUUUUUAAAUAUUUGGCUGAAAAAUAUCUUCAAAAACUCAAACAACAAAUAGCUGAGGAUCCACAACUAAUGCAUUCAAGUAGUAACAAAAUUGGGGUCUUCAAUACCUCCGGGAUCAGUCACUCCGGUCAGAACUCAAGUACCCUGAAUGGUGGCGAUGUCAUCAAUCUUAGACCCAACAAACAAAGGACCAAGAAAAACAGAAACCCUUUCAGCAGCUGUAGCAUACCUUAAAGCAUUACAAGUAGGACGAGAAUUUAAUGGUUUUGUGCAGUUCGCUAACACAUGCAGCUGUAACGUUAUGGUACAAGACUCUUGGCAGAUUUUGCACUUAAUGGCUCUCUGAAAACUGACAGACUUAACUACUGCUCUGCAAUGCUUCUCAGAAUGUACAGUGAGACCUCUGGUGGGACAAUUAAUGCCCUGUGGACUCAUUUUAAUUUUUUCUCAUUAGACGAAGCAUUUCCUGUUUUUGAAGGAAUUGUUUAAGGAAUGUCAAAAGCAGGUUUUGUGGAAACUUAAAUGCUAGAAAACAUAAAUGCCUAAAUAUAUGUUGGUACAGAUUUUAAUAUUAUAGGCCGGGAAAAGAUAGUAAAAAUUCUUUUUCUGAAACUGGUCUUAUAGCUUUUCUGGAAAAUAAUAUUGAAUUUGAAUACUUAGAAAAAAUAUUAAAAGGUAAACCCUAAACCUUGCCAAGAUGGCAUUUGUGUGUAGUUGGCAAUGUUCCUUGUGCAAUAUCCGUGUAAUGUGGAGUGGAGGUGUGCAUGCAGCUCUCUGGGACUGGAGCAAACUGAAGGUGUGUGCAGCAUUUAAGGAAACAGACUCUAAAACCAAUCACACAUAGUGUAUAUGUAAGUUCUUAUUUUCUAACGAGAAAUUCCAGACCUGUAUUUUGCAAAGUGAGCUUGGAUUUUAAAAGUGUUUUGUGCCAAAAAUAUCCUACCUAAUUUUUAUAGUGCUUUACUUUAUUAAUUUAUAUUGUUUAUAAUCUUUUCAAAAAGCAUUAGAAGUUUUCCUUUCUGACAGGGUAGAUAAAAGAGAAAUAGAAACAUUUUAAUGCUGGAGCAUCUCCUAGGUGAGACAUACGGAACUUUCUGGAUAGCCAUCAUCAGCCAGGCCAGCUCAUGCUGCCUCGGGGCCAUGCGAAGUGUGUGGUGCCUCUAGCAUCUUUUGCUGCUAAGAAACCAACUUAAAACUUUUAAGAUUAUGCUAACUAAUCAUUUUCUAAAAUGCAAAAAGGUGAUCAUUAGUCCUAAGCCAAAUUAUGGAUUUUCUAAGUGCUCUGCAGUCUCUAGCAUCCUUUUGCUUACACAUUUUUGUAUGGUAUUUUAUCACUUAAGAAUUUCUACAACCUUUGGCUUGUAUGGCACUUUCUCAAGAGCUCUGUCAGUGUCACAUAGAAAAUCACUAAAGAAAUGAUUUACUAUGUAGCUGUGCGUCACAGCAUCAAUUUUGUGACUUGGGACAGUAGCUUUCCAACUAAGAAUUGCAUGAACUCUAUGAAAACUAAUUAUCACUCAUUGGUGGUUUGUCUUUAAUCUAUAAAUAACCCUUUUCAAUAUAUCUGGUUUUUACAAGAUUUCAAAAUAUGUAAAAGUAUUUUUUUCUUGGAAAACUUCAUGAGUCAUUUAUCAUCAUUUGUACUAAAUAUAUGAUGUUUUAUGUAUUCCAUGUGUAUGUUUUAUUUUGCUUAGUUUUUUUGAUUCCCAUCUGUACCUUUUGUUAAGUCACCCUUCUUUGUAGAUUAGUGUUGAAAAUGGAAAAGAAUUUCCUGGGGAGUUACCUCAUUUAGCAGUCGAGAGUGACCAUUUAAUUUUUAUACUAGUAAAAUAAUCUGGCAUUAUCCAUUUCAAGGUAACAGGUUCAUUCUGAUGUCACUAGUUGCCACCAUACCCAUUGCUGGCAGUGGGAUGAGUGUUGGGGAAAAAAACUUCAUUCCUAAUGCCGGGCACCUGCUAGUAAUGUUCAUCUCCUCUACCGUCUUCAAUUACAUUCCCUUUUAUGUUUACACAAAAUACAUCUUGCAGCAAAUAGUCUUAUAGGCCUUAUCGACAGAAAAAUCAUUCAUUCUAUAACGUGUUCUAUUUCAUAUUAACUAUGUGCAAAGUGUAAUAUUUUUAUAUAGAAAUGUGAUCUGAUGGUGAUUACAGUUCCCCUAAUGAAGGUGAUCAGAAUGUCAUGUAUUCAUGUUUUUCCUUGCAAAAAUCAAAUUUUGUUACACAUUUGUAGUCUUACUUUGCAUUGCUAUCAUUUUACAGCUGUCAAUAACCAGCCAUUCUAAAUCAUUAAGUAGACCUGAAAAUCUGCUGCACAAAUUUCUCAAAUCAAUAUUCCAAGUUAAUGUAAUUAAUUUUUUCUCUGAAAUGAUUUUUAAAAUAACUUUAUUAUUAAUUCUAAUGAAACCAUGAAUGCUAAAGAAAAAUUUGUCCUGGAUUCCAGGUUAUGUGCAUUUGUGCUCUGGUCUGCCCUUUUCCAAUG